AGGAGGCUGGACACUGAGGAAGUGGCCAGAGGGAGCGUCCCUGGUGGCCUACAUGAAGGGAGGGAAGGGGGAGGGGGGGGCCGGUCAACUCAGCUCAGACCUUCCCCACUCACAGGCCGAUUUUAUGAUUGAUGAGGAUACGCAAGUGGAUUUGCCCAACACUAACGAAGGAAUUCCACCGCCGCGGCGUCCACUGUGAGAGGGACUUUGAUGGCUUCCCGGUAGAGCGCAAGAGGCUACAAUCAAGAUGAACUCAAUGGACAGGCAUAUCCAGCAGACCAACGACAGGCUGCUGUGCAUCAAACAGCACUUACAGAAUCCGGCGAACUUCCAGACGGCGGCGACGGAGCUGCUGGACUGGUGUGGAGACCCGCGGGCGUUCCAGAGGCCCUUCGAGCAGAGCCUGAUGGGAUGCCUCACGGUGGUGAGUCGUGUCGCUGCUCAGCAGGGGUUUGAUUUGGACCUGGGCUACCGGCUACUGGCAGUGUGUGCAGCCAACAGGGACAAGUUCACCCCCAAAUCAGCAGAAACCAACACCUGCAGGAGAUGUCAGAGUGACUCAGCUCUGUUGUCGUCGUGGUGCGAGGAGCUGGGUCGGCUGCUGCUGCUGCGGCACCAGAAGAGUCGGCAGAGCGAGGUGCCCCAGGGCAAGGUGCCCAUGCAGCCGCCCAUCAACCCCAUGAAGCCGGCCCUGUCGCACGGUGAUGGCUCCUUCCCCUAUGACUCUGUUCCCUGGCAACAAAACGCCAACCAAGCCCCUGGGUCCUUGUCUGUAGUGACGACGGUCUGGGGUGUGACCAAUACAUCUCAAAGUCAGGUAUUGGGCAACCCGAUGGCAAACGCUAACAACCCCAUGAACUCUGGGGGGAACGCCAUAGGCUCGGGCAUGGCGGCCAACAACCCGGGCAUGAACUCCCAGUUCCCCGGGCAGCAGCAGCAGUUUGCAGCCAAAGGGGGCUCCAACCAGGCCUACAUGCAGCAGGGCAUGUACGGCCGACCGGGACACCCGGGCGGAGGAGGCUUCAGUGGAAGUUACCCCAGCGGUCCCAACGCCCCUGGUGGCAUGGGCAUGGCUCCUCCCACCCAGCCUGCUGCUGCUGCCGCCGCCGCCGCUGUUGCUGCCGCCGCCGCCACGGCCACGGCCACGGCAACCGCCACCGUGGCCCUGCAGGAGACCCAGAACAAGGACAUCAACCAGUACGGCCAGAUGUGUCCGUCCUUCCAGAUGGGUCCCACGCAGGGCUACAACAGCCAGUUCAUGGGCCAGCAGGGCCCCCGAGGCCCCCAGUCUCUGCCGGGGGGCAUGAAUCCGGCCGCCAUCAACAACCCCAACAUGAGCGGUCCCCCCAUGGGCAUGAACCAGCCCAGAGGCCCCGGCAUGGCUCCCUUCGGAGCACACGGGCAGAGGAUGCCCCAGCCUGGCUACCCGGGCGGCCCUCGGGCACAGGGCAUGCCCAUGCAGGCCAUGAAGAGGCCCUACCCAGGGGAGCCUAACUACGGAGGUCAGCAGUUCGGCCCAAACGGACAGUUCCCCAAUCAGCAGGGCCAGUACCCCAACCCCAACGCCUCUCGGGCACUGCCCUCGCCCAACUACCCCGGCCAGAGGAUGCCCGGCCAGCAGGGAGGCGGUCAGUACCCGCCUGGCGGAGUGCCCAUGGGUGCCCAGUACUACAAGCAAGAGCCAUUCAACGGGCAGAACAACUCUUUCUCUGGAGGCGGAUACUCCUACAAUCAAGGCAAUGGGCCUCCCCGGCCUGUGGGUAACUACCCCCACUCUCCGGUCCCUGGGAACCCCACGCCCCCCAUGACUCCCAGCAGCACCAUCCCCCCUUACCUGUCUCCUGGCCAGGAUGUCAAGCCGCCAUUUCCCCCUGACAUGAAGCCAAAUGUGACGGUCUUGCCCCCGCACCCAGCCAACCCUAAUGAGGAGCUGCGGCUGACGUUCCCGGUGCGCGACGGCGUGGUGCUGGAGCCCUUCCGGCUGGAGCACAACCUGGCCGUCAGCAACCACGUCUUCCACCUCAGGCCCUCCGUCCACCAGACACUCAUGUGGAGGUCAGACCUGGAGUUGCAGUUCAAGUGCUACCACCACGAGGACCGGCAGAUGAACACCAACUGGCCGGCCUCCGUGCAGGUCAGCGUCAACGCCACGCCACUCACCAUCGAGAGGGGCGACAACAAGACGUCCCACAAGCCCCUGCACCUCAAGCACGUCUGCCAGCCCGGCAGGAACACCAUCCAGAUCACCGUCACCGCCUGCUGCUGUUCGCACCUGUUUGUGCUGCAGCUGGUGCAUCGGCCGUCAGUGCGCUCCGUCCUGCAGGGCCUCCUGAAGAAGAGGCUGCUGCCUGCAGAACACUGCAUCACCAAAAUCAAGCGUAACUUCAGCAGUGUAGCGGCCUCGUCUGGUAACGCCACCUUGAAUGGGGAGGACGGCGUGGAGCAGACGGCCAUUAAAGUCUCCCUCAAGUGUCCCAUCACCUUCAGACGCAUCCAGCUGCCAGCUCGGGGACAUGACUGUAAACACGUGCAGUGUUUUGACUUGGAGUCGUAUCUGCAGCUAAACUGUGAGAGGGGCACGUGGCGAUGUCCUGUCUGCAAUAAAACUGCGCUGCUGGAGGGCCUGGAGGUGGAUCAGUACAUGUGGGGAAUUCUCAAUGCCAUCCAAAACUCUGAGUUUGAGGAGGUGACCAUCGACCCCACCUGCAGCUGGCGGCCGGUGCCCAUCAAGUCGGAGCUGCACAUCAAGGAGGACCCCGACGGGCCCCUGGCCAAACGCUUCAAGACCAUGAGCCCCAGCCAGAUGACCAUGCCCAACGUCAUGGAGAUGAUCGCUCAGCUGGGGCCGGGGCCCUCGCCCUACUCCUCCCUCCCCCAGCAGCACCCAGCCAACAGCGGGGGAGACUACCCCAGCGGCCCUGGCAGAGGCAACAGUUACCAGGGCCACGGGCCAAACUUUGACUUCCCGCACGGCCACCCGUCCCCAGGAGGAGGAGGAGGUGGUGGAGGAGGAGGAGCACCCAUGACAGACUUCAUGCACGGCCCCCAGCUAUCACAUCCGCCCGAGGGCCCCAACAGCCUCAUGGGGCCCAACAAGCCCCUCAGCCACGGCAUGCCCGACUCGAUACCUCAUGCAGGCAGCACUGAGCCGUCCCCCCUCGCUUCCAUGCAGCAGCAGCAGCAGCAACAGCAGCAGCAGAGCUUACACGGGCCACCGCACCCAGCCAACCAAUCAGCACAGCCGUUGCACCACAGCGGCCCGCCCUCCUCUCAGCAGCAGCCGCCUUCGCGCCAGGGACCGCCCAAUCAGCAGCAGCCGCAGCCUCAGCAAACACAGCCCUCCAGCCUUAACAGCCAAUCGCAUGGCGGCGGCGGCGACCUGACCUUUCACCCCUCGGAAGGGUCGGACAUGCCCGAGCCCUCGUUGGAUCUGCUGCCUGAGCUGGCCAAUCCCGAUGAGUUACUGUCGUACCUGGACCCUCCUGACCUCCCCAGCAACAGCAACGAUGACUUGCUCUCACUCUUUGAAAACAACUGAGACAGUGUGCUCAAAAAGACAUAGGUGUGUGUGUGUGUGUGUGUGUGUGUGUGUGUGUGUGUGUGUGUGUGUGUGUGUGUGUGUGUGUGUGUGUGUGUGUGUGUGUGUGUGCGUGUGUGCGUGUGCGUGUGUUUGAACAUGCAUAGUGUAUAUGAGUGACUGCAGCAGUGUGAAUGACUGAAAUAUAUAAAAAGACAAAAAACUGUAAAGUACAAGAGCAUACACACCCAAUGUAACAUACACACAUGCACACACACAUGAACACACACACAGGACACACUCUGUUCUGCUCUGCACCUCAUCAUGUAAAUAUUCCUCCUUCUUACUUUUUUCUGAGCAUCUUUUUGACACAUAUGCCAGCCAUGUUGGUUGGCACUAAAGUGAUAUCUUUGAAAUACUAAUAUGGAAAAAAUGUGCAGCUAUAUUUAGUUCAUAUAUAUGUCACACAAAAAACUGUGUGUGUUCAGUAGGAAAGAGAAAAAAAAAACGUCUCGUAGCAUUUUUGAUCUUAUGUUCCUUUUGUGAGAAACAAAAAAGCAAAAACUGAAAGACAAACUGAAAGUUCAACUUUCUUAUUUUUCCUGUGUUGGCCCAAAACCUUUUUGGAAUGUUCUUCCGAGCUUUAACGCCACAGCUUCCCAAAUCCUGAAUGUUUGUGUCCAAGUCUGACAUCAGUGCAAAGUCAUUCAUCCGAGUCAUUUCUGGGGGAAAUUAUACACUAAGCACAACCACCCAACCAACCCAACCACCGCCACAUAGACAACAAUACGAGAUGGAACGGCAAGACCUGCAAAGACACUGAACAUGGGCACUUGGGCAGAUUCACAACAAAAGGGAAAAAUGACUGGCUACAGAAUCAGAUCCACCGCCCCUACGCGACUGAACGUCAAGGCCACACUCCUGCACUGGGUCAAGGCCGACUAACACAACCAGUCCAGAGCAGUCUAAUGACCCUCAGCUCUCCUCAACACCACCUCGCUGUCACCAUCAUCUGCUGUCCCCAUCCUCCUCCACACCGACAUAAUUACAAAACUGUGCUUUUUUUCUUCAACGUAAAUAUGUAUAUAGACCUACGUAUAUAUAUAUUUUUUGUGAAUCACGCCUCCAUCUCCCUCUUUUAUGAAUCAGUGAAUCAUCAACCCGAGUCAAAGACAGUCAUUGUAGUAUCUGUGUGUGCCGCACUUCUUCUUUAAGUCCGUGCUACCUACUUGAUGUUUGUCUGCAACUCUGGAUCAUCAUCACUGUGUUAUUGGCAUCACAUAGUGGCAAGUUAACGUGGCCAGUGUUAUGUGGCAAUGCAGUGUGUCAGUGGUGCUGAAUGGGGAAUUGUAGUGUAGGAUGGCCUGCAAAGCUGGGGUGCGUUUCUUGAAAGUGCGGUUGUGAACCAGUUAGAUACUUGGGUAGUUGCCAAUGGGAAAUUGCAUGGCAAACAACAAAGUAGCUAACGUGGUUAGCAACUAUGGUUUCGAGAAAUGCACCCCUGGACGACAGUUCGGCUCAGUUUGGAAGACGUAAUCAACUCUGGUCAUGCAAGUAGCAGUCACUUCUACCACUGUCUAUCUAAUGUGUUUUAAUACUGUUGAAUGAAUGGCAUACAGUAUGCCCCAAUCGUAUCCCUUUGUGUUUUUUUGUAAUCUCGAGUAUUUUUUACCCUUAUCUAGUCGAUCAGAAUUUUGCCCUGUUUACAUUUAUUUUGUAUUUUUCAAUUUCCAGCCUUGCAAUCAUUGAUAGUUUGUCUGAUUUGACGGUGAUAUUUUUUUUUAAAGAUCAUAGUGAUACCAAAGUUAGCCCACAGGUGAUUGAGCCAAUUCAUACACAACACAUGGUGACUAAUGUGUUUUUGAUUUCAUUUCAAUUUUCAUGUGACUUUUGUGCGCCCUCAAUCAAUUUUGGAAAUGGUUCUGAGUAAGGGUAGAUGCAUUUUUAAAGGGUAGUGAAUUGAGUGCAAUACAGUAGUUACAUGUCCAGUCUAUUUAUUGCAGUAGGCGUCUCAGGUGACUACUGCUGUUUUGUUCAUCAGAUGGUCUCAUUCCUAUGAAUUACGUGGACUGAUCAAGUCCUCCAAAAAUACUCCACAUAGUAAUUUGUGUGUUGCGAAUGUGUGCGUUCACUGUUCAGUGUGUGGAUGAGUGUAUAAACAUACACAUAUACACACACAUCAAGAUGCAUGAAAUUAUACUUUUCCUCUUUUUGUCCUUAGUCAAAGUGCAGUUUUGUAUGUGUUACCCCUGGCCAUUUAUCGUUUUUUUUUAUAGUUUGUAAUUACAAAUAACACUACUUCAGGUCAUGAAAGAUUUUCAGAUUUGUAAACCAGUGUAGCUAAUCAAUCAGUGAAAAGUAUUUGUAGCUAUUAUAAUAUAAAUACAGUUGCUGUAUUUUUUUUAAAUGAACUUAAUUGGUAUUCACAAAGGUCUGGUGUUUUGCUUAGUGCAUAAUGUUACAUUGUAAAUGCAACAUUGUAAUUCACAUUUUGCUAUUCAUGUGUCAUUGCAACCUCAGUGACUCAAGUCGAUUGCUAAUAUCACCAUUCUGCCCGACUAAGGCAAAAGUGCAGUAACUACGCUAACAUUGAAACUGAGAAAAAUGCCUUCAAAGUAUUGGAUUAGAUAUUGUAGUAACUGCAAAUGUAGUUUUCAGAGUGAGAAGUCCGCACACUUAGAAUCCUUUUUGUUGUAUUUUAUUUUUUCAUGUUAGGAUAUUUAAAGUUUCGACCUCAACAUUCUUCUUCAGAUACUCAAUACUUUUUGCAAAAGUAACUGCAAAUAUGACACAGCAAAAUCUCUAAAACAGAACACAUUUGGAACAUAAGGCUUUAUCACAAGGGGUAUAACGAGUUUGAUAAAAAUGUAUAGUUACUGCACUUUGUUGGUCGGUUUUGUAUCCCCCUGUUUUCAGCUAUUCCUGUCUUGAAAAAGAGGAUGAUGUCAAGUCAAGUCAGCUUUUAUUGAUAUGACGUGAUCUGGUUUACAUUGAAAUGGAAAUAUCUCAACCCUCUCAGCACUGUAGGUGUCAGUGAUGAUCAUCAAGUGAUUUCUCAUGUGCAGUCGGCAUGUACACAUGCAUAAUAUUAUGUCUAUUCAUGCAACAUUUUCGCUUGUUUUUUUUGUUUGUUUUUGUUACUAUUUCGUAUCAACAAUGCACUGCCACAUAUGUUUUUUUAUUCCCUCUUAAGUCACUCAUUCACAUGAUCUGACGUCAAGAAAAAAAACACCUCGUUCACUUUGUGGUUUUAGUGAUCUGAAUUCUUUUGGCCCUUCCACGUGCUGUAGCUGUUCUCAAGUCAUUGAGGAGGAGACAUUUGGACGAUAGGAUAACGAACGACCAGGGGUUAUCAUGUUGUUUAGUGACAAAUCUGGUUUAAUAUCACUGUAAACCAAAUAGAAAAUGGGAUUUGGAGCAUGAAGUACAGUGGAGUAUUCCAAGACGGUUCAGUAGUCAGCCAGGUUACCUGGAGGUAUUGGUGAAGCAGCUAGUACAACAGUCUGUGGGUCCUCAUUUACGCCUGCAGACCAGCUAUUUGCAGCUUCACCUCUUUCUGAGGCCUAUACUAAGAAGCUGGUUUAGGAGUAC